AUGUCGAUCCGAAGGUCCAAUCGUUUGAUCGCACGCUUUGAGCAAGCUGCUCAGGAAGGAGCCGCAGCCGAGGCACGUGGACGAGGCCACCCGUUUGGCCGCGGACGCGGACGUGCUGCCCCAGCACGUGCCCUGGCAGCGGGAUGUGGAAGAGGCAGAGGACCUGCCGUACCCCGCACCUUUGGAGUAGCACACCGUGGAGACGAAGCCGAUGAGGAGGAGGUCGACGAGGAAAUCGACGCCGAGCCUGCACAGCAGCCACCGCCACCACCGCCGACACUCGCGGAGAUCAUGGACAGGCAGACUCAGCUACUCCAGCGCCUGGCCCAGUCAGUCGAGCAGAGGAACCACGGAGCCCACCGUCAAGGCCCGCCUGAAGAGGAUCUCCAGCGCAAGAUCGAGAGGUUUAUCCGCCUGAAGGCCCCGACUUUCAGCUACGCCGAAGAUCCCAUGGAAGCCGACGACUGGCUGAGGGUGAUCGAGACCAAGCUGGACCUCACCAACUGCACCGACGAGGAGUGCGUCGCACUCGCAGUCCACCAGCUUGAGGGUACCGCCAAGUCGUGGUGGGACAGCUACUAUGACUCCCACCAUGACCCCGCUCACAUCUCAUGGGAGGAGUUUGCCGGGGCGUUCCGUGAGCAGUACGUGCCCCGGCAAGUGAUGAUUCAGAAGGCCCAGGAGUUUCGUACCAUGACUCAGGGUACGAUGAAGGUGGAGGAAUACGAGCGCCACUUCACCAAGAUGAUGAGGUACGCUGCAGACGACACCAACACCGAGGAGAAGAAACAGUUCUGGUUUCUCCGAGGACUUCACCACGGCAUCCGUCAGAUCGUGAUGGGAUGCGAGUACCCAUCCCUCCGCAGCUUAGUCAACCGUGCCAUUGCUGUGGAGAGGGAGAGACUGGGAUGGGAAGACCGUCAGCGCGACAAGAAGAGGAAGACCGAGUACCAAACUCACGACAGGAACUCCCGGAGGUCGUGGAAUGCACCAACUUUCCCACCCACGAACAGCUUCCGUUCUGACUUUAGCCACCAGAACAGAGACUUCGGUGGCGGAAACGGCCAGUACUCAGGCAACAAAACCUUCGGAGGACAAUCACAGGGAGGAGGAAGCUCCAACCGCCAGCAGCCAGUGCCAAAAGCCUCGACGCCAGCUACCCCGUUCGUUUGCUUCACCUGCAACAACCCGGGUCACAAGUCCUACGAGUGUCCCGAGAAGAAGACCCCGACUCCAGCUCGUACGCCUGGCUCCGCCGUCAGGACUGCUCAAGCUCCGCGCACCGCCGACCGCGGCCGACUGACCCACCUGACUGGGAGGGAGAACAAGGCUGCACCUAGCGAUGCAAGUGGUAUGUACCCUUCGAAAUCUCUAGGCUUCGAUUUUGAUUGA